AUGAUACAAGCUCGCUGUCUGCACAGGUCUGGCCACCGCAUUGCAAGUAGCAGUGUAGCCUUGGCAAGGUCCCCUCGACAUGGUCAAAAAUCUUAUUCCGCUUUUGCUGGAGCCAGCUUGAGACAUGAACUUGCUACAAAUACUUCGACAUGGCCGCCGAAGCCAUGGCAAUUGCGACAAUGGCCUUCUCAGCGCCUCAACCGUGAUUUCGCGCCACGGUUCGCCUCGACGACCCCAACUCCGCCUAUCGCCGAGGUUCAGUCCGACUAUGUUCCUCCUCCUCAAACCUCCGUUCCAGCGGGAGAGGAGUUCGUACCAACCUCGUUUGAUGAGAUAACCUCUUCUAUACCUUCACCUGUCUACGAACACCUCGGUUUCCUGAAGGAGAUGGGUCUUGAUUAUGGUUGGGGUCCAACAGCUUUCGUGGAAUACCUGUUGGAACAUGUGCAUGUCUACCUUGGUACACCUUGGUGGGCGUCCAUCGGUAUAUCAAUAUUGAUCAUCCGAGCUGCGCUCUUCAAGUUUUUCAUGGAUGCUUCUGACACCAGCGCCCGACGUCAACACAUCAAGCAUUUAGAAGACCCCAUCAAUGCGCGCGUUAAGGCCGCGAAGGCCAACAGAGACCAGAAGGCUUUGCGGGAGGCUUGGUCCGAACGUAGUGCUUUGUACAAAAGCGCUGGCAUAAAUGUGUGGAAGUCGUUCGUGCCUUUCUUGCAAAUACCCCUUGGAUUUGGUACCUUUCGGCUCAUGAGAGGCAUGGUAUCUCUACCGGUACCUGGUCUUGACACUGGAGGAUUGCUGUGGAUAUCUGAUCUGACCCAAUCGGAUCCUUACUUCAUUCUACCCAUUGGCACGGCUGCGGCAUACUACUUUACGUUCAAGAGUGGAGGAGAGACUGGUAACAGCGAGCUCAUCAGUAAACAGACGCAGAAGGCGUUUCUCUACGUGGUCCCUCCAAUGAGCGGACUCUUUAUGAUGUUCUGGCCUGGUAAUUUGCAAUUAACCUUUUUCAUCGGUGCCUUAAUAUCCUCCGUACAAGCAGCGGUGUUCAAGAAUGCUUGGUUUCGGGAUCUCGUUGGCAUGCAACCAUUACCAAAGCCAAAUGCACCAAAACCGCAGAUCCAGGCGUAUCCUCGAUAUCAAGCACCAUCGAGUACUCCAUCGAAAGGAAUCUUUGAAAAUAUCAAGGGUACAGUGUCAGAUAUCAUGAAAACGGGAGAGAAAUUUUCGCCCACAUCUCGACAGCAAGCUCCGACGAGUAGGCUAACAGCUGGAGAGAAGAAGCAUGCAAAUACCUAUGAGGACAGGAGGCAACGGGAAAUCGCGCAGGAGGCUGAGAUGAAGCGACAGAACGCGCAGGCAAAGUUCGAGAGACAACAGGAGCAAGAGACUAGGGAGCAAGAGAAGAAAGAAAGGUUGCAAAGACGAGCAGAAAAGAAGGCUAAGCAAAGGUAA